UCUCAAUCGUACGCAUUGCCUUGUGGGUAAAUAAUGUCAGCUCCCUGUUUGACAGUAAUGAAACGCUACCCCGUGUUACGUUGAGAUGCCCUUAUCUUACCCUUUAGCGGCCUGGUCCUAGUUGAAUGUGUUCAAAUAACUCGGAACAUGUCAGAAUACUUCGCAAAGGACAGCGUCGCUGGCAAGAGACUUUCACAAGCGGCGAUCGCCGAAUUGCUGGCAAAGAACUUCGACAAGCUGCCCGACAUUGACCAAAAGCUCUUCCUGUACGGGCCCAUGUAUCUGGGAGGAAACGGGGGGCUUGCCGGCCUGAUCGCCAACAGCUUGUACCGCCGAGCCCUGAACGUCACUCAGGCGCCCAUCAGCUCCAGCCUUCCGAUGGCCGCGCUUCCCUUUAUGACGACGUACUUCCUUUACAACGCCACGGUGUCAAGCCCUCUCUUGUCUGGUGACCUCAAUUGCCCCACCUGCGCGCUCAUGAGGGGCGCACUGGUGGGUGUGAUCGGCGGCGCAGUGUACCCCAUCAUCCUGGCUUUACCUGUCAACAUCGGCCUUGCGUCCAGAUACAACACGGCGCCAUUGCCGGAGAAGGGAAACGUCCUCCGGUAUUGGCUGGACCUUUCCAGGCCGAUUUUAAGGAAGAUGAGGGCAGUGAUUCUCCUCCAGGCCUUUUUCGGUACUUUCCUUGGCUCCAGGCACUUUGAAAGCUACCACACACUGGCCAAGAUCACUUUUGGUCCGCACGCAGAGGAACUAAAUAACUAGAAUGUGCAAAAAAUAAAAAUAAACUGCCUAUUGACCUAAGAGCAAUUCUUGUGGGGUAUGAUUAGUUUUUACUGGACAUAAAUUAGGCAUGAUUUAAUUUCAUGUGAUCACUGCCCUACUUACUAAAUGGAUGGAUGAUACAUUGAUAUUACUUGGAUGCGUUUUUGGAUUUAAUUUGUUAGAUCAGCAUCAUUUUGUUUCAUGGAAUCACUGAUUUGUAAAGUCAUCAAUGAGAUUUGAUUAAUCAACUUCAGGGAUGAAAAAGCAGCGACAUGGAGGAAUGAGAAUCAUGCAGUAUUAUCGAUGAUAGAAGCAAAAGAUCUGUAGGAAUGAUUUGUGAUGAAUGUUUUAUGCCAGCCCAAAAGGCAACAAGUCUACUUUUUUAUACUUUGUAAAUGAGUUGAAUCAAAAGCCUACUUUUAAUUUUACCAUGUGUCCACUUUUACUCAAGUAUCCAUACUUUUACAGAGCAUGUGUGCUUUUGUCACCUUUUCAAAGAGAUUUCGUUAUCUUGGGUGUUAGUAGACCAGAAUAAAAAUGUUUAAUUCGUAAACUGAUGAGUGAUGACACACCCAUCAUAAAAUAUGAUAUGCUACAAAACAAAAGUUAUGAACUGUUAUAUUGUUUGGAAUAAAACUGUUCAACAAACGA